GGAUGACAUGAAUGGAUGGGCUGGACACAACUUCCAGCCUUCUAGAAAAAAAAAAAAAGUCCCAAUCUGCACGGAGAGCGGGAGGGACGUCCGCGGCGCCCCAGGCGCCUACGCCGCGGGCGGGGGAAACGCACAGCUUCCCCCCUCCCACACUCACGCUCCCCCUCCUUAAAACCAACCGCCCAGCCCAAAGAAAUCGUCUGGUUCCCAGCCCGCGGGAGUCCGCGGUGCCCUCGCCGCCUUCCGCGGCUGAGCGCGCUCCAGCGCUGCGGGGCGCGGGGCCGCAGGCGGGCGCGCUGCGGGCCCGGCCGCCUUACCAUGCUCCCCAGCGCCGUGGCGGCCCACGCCGGCGCCUGCUGGGACGUGGUGGCCUCCUCCGCGCUCCUGAACUUCCCCGCCGCGCCGGGCUUCGGCAGCCUGGGCAAGAGUUUCCUGAUCGAGAACCUGCUGCGGGCUGGGGGCGCCCCGCCGCCCGGGCUCCCGCCGCCCCCGCCGCAUGGCCCGGCGGCCGCUCUCGCCGCGGGCGCGCAGGUCCGGCCCCUGCCCGCCAGCCCGGUUCCGCUCAAGCUGUGCCCCGCGGCCGAACACGUCAGCCCCGGCGGGGCGCCCUACGGCACGCGGUGGGCGUUCCAGGUGCUCAGCCCCUCGACGGACGGCGCCAGGCUGCCGGGCCGGGCUCCGGGGGACCGAGACGGUGCCUUCCAGCCAUCAGCCCCAGCGCCUUCCAAGCCUUUUUUUCUGAGCGCCCCGCCAUUCUACCCGGCGUGCUGCGGUGGGUCCUGUCGACGCCCUGCAUCCCCCACUGCUUUUCCAAGAGAAGAGAAUGUGCUUCCUCUUCUGACACAGGAAUCUAAUUCCAAAGCGAGGAGGGGUAUUUUAAGAAGAGCUGUCUUUUCUGAGGACCAGAGAAAGGCUCUGGAGAAAAUGUUUCAGAAGCAGAAAUAUAUCAGCAAAACAGACCGAAAGAAACUUGCCGUCAACUUGGGACUAAAGGAAUCACAGGUGAAAAUCUGGUUUCAGAACAGAAGGAUGAAAUGGAGGAAUUCUAAAGAAAAGGAAGUGCUUUCCAACAGGUGUAUCCAAGAAGUAAUCCUUCAAGAGGACCCCCUCUCACGAUCUGCUCUGGGUUUCACUUCUCCAUGUCCUUCACUUUGGGAAGUCUCCCAACAGCACUCAAGUCCAAGAUGGAGGGAGAAUUCACCAGAGCCUUCAGAGAGACUAAUCCAGGAGAGUCCAGGGGCACUGCCCCCAGAAGCAAAGUCGCUGCAGGGUGCCUUGUAUUUGUAUUCUGAAGAGGACGCCAGAGACAAGGGUGUACUUACUGGCACGGUGUGAAUGGAAGUAUUCUGCCACCUUAACUUAAAGAACGCUUAAUUAUUAAUGUUUGGACUCUAAAGCCUGCUAGCUUGUGCCUCAUCAGUGCCUAAAACCUAACACCUUUGGAGUGAAGCAUGAACUAAUGUUUUAGGAAACCCUCUCCAGUGUUCUCUUAUUUGGGUCCUAGACUCAGACUUAAUUUGUAAGUGGGACAGAAUCUCCCAGAAAGUACGAUGGAACUGAAAAAACGAGAAUGAUACUCAGCUCAGUCCCUGCUUUGAGUAUGUGUAUAUAUGCAUGUGUCUCUAUGUGUGUGUAUAUAUAUAUAAAUAUUCAUUAAAAUACGUUAAUAGAA